ACUCGCGCGCUCCGGGACUGGUCGCCACGACAUCAAUGCCAGUCAGGAUUCUGGAGGAUUUUACGUAGCGGGACGGUCACGGUCCACCGGUCGGUGCAUCACUUGCAAGCGUUGUCAUGACGUGAAGUGCAGAAACAGAAAGAGAAAAGCGAAAUCUACAUGAUCUGAACACAAAAAAUUAAUAAUGCAUGUACAUACUAUGUAUAGUCAUUGUAUAAACAGUUCACUUGAAUUUUCAUUGAAAUUUUCAUUGAAAUCAAUGAAAUGCCACGUAGAUAUGUUCCGUGAGAAUUUGCGCAAUCUACGAUCCCGAGUCCGUCUUGUAGACCGACGUCCGUAGUCGUUGAUCUACUGAGUCUGUCCGAACGCAGAUUGAGUUUUCAUCAUUUAGAAAAGCGAUCCUGUCAGCUUUUCUAUUAUUGUGUUAGUAAUAGCAGCACCUUGACGUAGAUCUACGUAGAAUCUACCGAGCUAGCGAUACGCUUAGUUGACAAGCCGAGCGAACCGGCGACAACGCAGUUACUCUGUGACGGCGGAGCCCGUUUUAUUGACAAUGCUGGAAAAGCUGCUGCCUGAUUAUACCCCCAAGUACAAGCUGGUGUGGUGCUUUUCAGUGGUUCUCUUGAUUGCGUCCACAGGUCUUGUGAUCUUCUUUCAAACAUGUUAUUCCGAGGCAGCGCACAGUUCAGAGUUACAGGGCGAGCCUUGGUACACAGCUAUGCACGACCAGUCAACACUGGCUAAGAACUGGGCGACAUCUGCAGUAUGUAACUCGACAUUUGACGUUUUCAAUCCUGCCUUGGUGGAUGCUGUGGUCAUCACUCUUCCAGCUACUAUCUUGCUUCUUGUGUCACUGCUGUCACAGCUGGUUUUCAAGAAGAAUCCGAAAAAGAUUCCAGAGAUGACAAUCAUUGGCCUUCUACUGUUGACCGUUGCCAUUGGCUGCCUCCUCAAAUCGACACUGGUCAAUAUGCAACUGCGGCAAUAUUCAUACCCGACAACAUAUUCCAUCGUCCCCGGCGUGUUCUUUGGUUAUGUUGCCAGCGCUUUUAUAGCAACGUCUGGCUCAGUGUGGAUGAUCUGGCCGGGACCAGAGACGCCAGAAGCCAGUCAUCCGGCUAGCCCCGAGGAGAUCCCACUGCAACGACUCGACGGACAUGACCUGCCGCCAAUGAUUCAGCCCGUUCGUCUCCAGCAAGCAAGCCCUGCAGCUGGCGAUGACGCUCUGCAGGAAGACGAACAAUGGCGGCGUCUGCAGACAGAAUCUGAAACAGCAGCAGGAGUGUCCUGAAGUCCUGAUUCACAUUCACUACCCAAGCAGCAUAAGCCUAUUACUUAGGCGUUCUAUCUUCCAUCACCCAUCAUCAGAUGUGCCGUUAUGCUCGCAUUUUGGUGCCAUCACUCGCCGCUACAUCAGAAGUCUACUGCAGUGAUGGAGUAACUGGUAGUAAUGUUAGCACAGCAGUGGUACCCCAGCACUUUCAGUGUACUGAUCGCAGGGGGUAUUUGCAUAUCAGUUUUCUGCACUGCAAUGUUGCCAAGUCGCGUGAGCAAGGCUAGUUUCCAUCUUUUUUUCCGUGUGCUGGAAGUCGAGCUGGAGGUGAUGGAGCAAGUCGCGCUGGUGAUGCCAUGGUGCAAGUCGCGUUGGUGAUGCCAUGGUGCAAGUCACGUUGGUGGUAAUGGUGGUGGACUAUAUACUAUGCUGGCCAGGAACCCGGCCUAUGGUUGUCAGUGCGUAUUAUGUGUCAUGUUGCUGUGAAGCAGCGCACGCUACAACACAACAGUAUUGUUACUGGAAUCAACAAACAGAUCACAACCGGCCUUUCAGGAAUGUACAGUACACACGGACACAGUCUUGUUUGAUUUGGGACAGUGUCUCUACUGCUGCUGGUGGCCAUGCUCUGCACUGUCGUCCUUGGGUCUUCAAGCGACUGGGUUUACUGCUUUCUGCUGCCCAUAGCUACAUGACUACUCUAGUAGUAUAUAGCACCACAGCUCUGUCCAAUGAAACACGAGAACGUGGCUUGCAUGCACAGCCACCAUACAUGUUACUGCAUUGGAUUACGGUGAGCUGCACAGUGUAUGCAUGACACUGUGGCCGAGUGAGUGCAGAUUUCACUGGCCAUCACAGCAGUAUGAUUGUGUUGCUGUGCUACCAUUAUCCUAGCCUACCCUGAUACAAUGAAAUAGCGAUUGGAGACGCUGCACUGCUCCAUUCUGCUUGGUGCAGAGGUGUAGCCGCGGCUUUCAUUCAUACCCUGCCGCCACUCACAGCACCCCCCCCCUCCCCCCCCCCCCCCCCCCACUGUUCCAGUGACGCAUUCAAUGUUUUUGCCAAACUUGCUCGUCGCCAGCUACUUUUUACAAGCAAAGGCUGAUACGUGUACAAGUACACGCGCACGUAUGAUGAAUACCCGCCGUUGAAUGCAUGACUGGACUGCAAUAUAAUAAUUAUUAUGUCCUACUUUCGAUACGGUGACAAUCAAAUUGAAUCAAUGCAUGCUGCAUAAAAAAAUCACACGCAACAUGCCGCUGAGUGGGCACAAGAACACAAUGUUGCUGUAUAUGCAUUGUGCUCCUUCAUGUGCAUUUUCCAUGCAUCCUUGAAUGAUCCUUCGCAUAAUUCAGUAUCAGUUCACCAACAAAAUAAGGGUUCUCUGGAUAUCAGGAAGACAGAAAAAAGCAUUUUAAAAUGUCA